AUGGCCUCUAUCUACGAUGCACACACCACGGACCCGCCGCUGCUGAAGAAGCACUCGUCGUUGAUCAAGGUCGAGACGGCCCGCUACAUCUACCCCUCUGUUCGUGUCUUUUUCCGACGCCAUGAGCAGGAAGACCAGAUGCCGGUCGACCCGGCGCCCCUGCCGCUCCUCGUCUUCGUCCACGGCCUUGGCGGCUCGGUGGCGCAAUUCGACGGUCUCCUGACCCGCAUGUCCAACUGCGCUUCUUGCCUGGCCGUCGAUAUGCCGGGUUGCGGACGCUCCACCUUUGCGCCCAAGGACUGGGCCGCCUACUCGUUCGAAGCGCUGGUCGAUAUACUUGAGGUGGUCAUUGCCCAGUACCGCCGACCCGAGCAGAGUGUCGUCCUGAUCGGCCACAGUAUGGGAUGCAGCCUCGCUGCCCUGCUAGCCAGCCGGCAGUCCCCCAAAGAGUCGCCAUGCACGGGCUUGGUCGCCAUCUGCCCGCCCGCUGGUCUGGACGACCGCACGAAGAUUGCAAUCUUCAAGACGCUGUUAUGGAUCCCUACGUCCAUUUUCGACAUGUGGCGUGCCUGGGACGCCCGCGGCGGCCCGAAUAGCGCCAGUGUCCGCCGGUUUGUCGGCCGCGAUGCCGACGAAGAGUCGAAGACCCUGCAGGCCAAGUUCAACUGGCAAAGCAAAUCGGCCGUUUGGCGCCGCAUGGCGUGGGGCAGUUUGCCAGCAUUUGAUGCAGCGGGUGCGCAAGUGAGCGGCCUCUCCGGAAAGGCUGUGUGGGAAUCGCUUCAGCUGCCGGUCUGCCUAAUCGCUGGCGAUGGCGACCACAUCACACCUCCGGCGGAAGCAAAGAAAGUGUGUUCAUUUUUGCAUGCAUCAUCCGUCAUACCGGCAGCGUCUGCUGCAGAUGCCGAUAUCGAUACCCCAACAACGGUCCCUUCGACCGCUGCAGCCACCUUACCAGCUGUUCCCGCGACUGCAGGAGCAGUAAAUGGCGACGCCUCGGCAGUCAAACCACCCGAUAUCGACGACAUUGCCGAUGAGGACUUUUUGCCCCGCCCAGCAACAUCAACGCCUGAUGACGAUGAGACGCCGACGACCCCCCGCGGCGCUGCUGAUAAGAUUGAUAUCCCCGUUCUCCGGCGUCACCCGCCCAAAUUUGUCGAGUCGCACGUCCUGCCGGCACCAGCAGGUCAUGCCAUGAUCUACACACCGGCCACCAUCGGUGUCGUAUCCGGUAUCGUCGCCAACUUCCUCGCACGCCAUGUGACAGGGCGCCUGGACCGCGGCUGGCAACUGCGCUUCCUGUCACGCGAGGGUAAGUGGGACGUGAAGAACCUGGAGAAGUGGAGCAAGGUUGAGCCUGUCUCGAAACCGAUCGCUGGUAUAUUUCGUGCCAUGAAGACCCUGCGGCAGGUCGACGAGGUCCACAGCCCCAGGGUCUUUGUCAAGCGGUGGGCCAACGUUGUCAAGGAUGUCAUUGACAUCUCCCAUGACAACCCGGUCUAUGACCCCCGCGAACUCGAAGCGGGAGGCAUCCAUUACCACAAAUUCCCCACCGUGUCCAAGAUCCCUCCGACCGACGCCGAGGUCGAAGUCUUCCACGCACUUGUAGAAAAGCUACAGGCAAAGCAGAGGAAGAAAAAGAAACAGGCGCUUGCGGAGCGGUCAACGUCGGCAUCGGAAGAAACUGCCGCAUCUGAUGCUGAGACGGGAUACCUGAUUGGCGUGCACUGCCAUUACGGCUUCAACCGCACGGGCUACUUUAUCGUCUGCCACCUGGUGGACCGCUGUAACUACGAGCUGUCGCAGGCAAUCAAGACCUUUGCCGAAUGUCGUCCCGUUGGCAUCCGCCAUUCACACUUCCUUGAUGCCCUGUCGCUGCGGUAUUCGGGCGUGACGGAUGACGCCUGA